GUUGCACCGCCCUAUACCCCGUGCAGACCGCUACUCACGGAAUAGCCGCUUUCAUUACGCGUCAUCCUCGACAUGGGCUUUCUCGACUAUCUGCUGCUGAUUCCCUCGCUCGCAAUCUCACUUGCGAUUGUUGUUCCGCUCACUGGUGUUCUUGUGCGUUUCCGAGCGAAUUAUAACCCGCGAGGUUUGGCGCUGGAUGCGGAAGGAGCAGUUCCUCACACUGGACCUGUCGUGACCUCUUACUGGAGCAUGUUUGCACGAGUCUGGCGGCUUGAAGGCGCUGCAGGUUUCUACAAAGGAUCAAUGCCCACGUUCGCAACUGCGCUUUUCGCAUCUCUUGUCAUCUUGAUAUUCUUCGACUCGCCCCAUCACCGUCACGGCUCCUACAGAGCCCCAACCUCUGGGUUGAUUGGCGCCUUUCUCUAUGGCGUCGGGAUGAUGAUUUUGAGUCUACCGAGCGCAGUGAUAACCUGUAGGGCGAUGACUACUCCGCUCAGGCUUCCUUGGUUCCAACCGAUGAAGUCAUUGCGCGUUCUUUUGACACCCACGGAGAGACGAAAGCCGUGGUUAAUCUAUCUGACUCCAGGAUUGCUGCCUGCGCAAUACUUUCACAUCGCUUUCGUGACAUUCCUUCUAGCGCCUUUGCAUCGUGUCCUUGUUCCCAUGACCCGCAAAAACGGCAUUUCUUACCCUGACACUUCUGCCUGGAAGGUGGCGGUGUAUUUCCUGGUCGUGAUCCUCAGCGCCGGCGUGCUCACACCUCUGGAAGUCAUUUCGACUCGACUUGCCAUCCAGCGUAAUCAAGCCUCCGCCGAGUACAAUUCCGUCACCCAAGAAGUUGAUGGAGAUGCUGAGGAUGUUCCUGAGUUUGCUGGGGCUGAAGAAGACGUGAUAGGGUUGCGAGACGAUGCUGAGCCAUAUCAAGGACUUGUUGAUUGCGCGAAAACAAUUAUCAACCAAGAAGGAUUCCAGGCCUUGUACCGUGCUUGGUGGGUCACUGUUUUGGGAGGCUUACUUAGUGCUCUGGCGUAACUCGAUUUGUCUUGAAAUCAAAUCCCUGCACACAUUGUAAUCUUAUCCUGUCGAAUCGAUGUGCCAAGAUGAGCAGAUGACGACGCAUCUUGGGACUAGUCGGGAAAGCCCUGGUCCUUUUAGCCUCCCGAGUCUUGGCGGACGUCGCUGUUCCUCAGAAGCCGAUCGUUGGAUUGGUCUCGUGCGAGUGCAGACAGUGCCCGCCCUCAGCAUGAGUCCCGUCCCACCUUCUUUCGAAUAUUUUGCUUGCCAUACUCACGUCUUGAUUUCUGGGCGCCAAAACAACUUUGAAAUGCCUGCCACCGAUUCUGUUCCUGGAGAUCAUCGCAAACGUCGCCGCAAUCGCACAACACAGUCUUGCCUCAACUGCCAUGCCACUAAGCGGAUGUGCGAUCGACAAAGGCCGUGUUCGCGAUGUUCACAAUUAGGACUGACGAGUAUCUGUGUCUACCAAGUAAAUGCCAGGAUCCCUUCGAGGGUCUCGAGCCGGGUGUCAGAGCAGAGUGGCGCGCUCCAGUUCGUUGCAGAGGAUGGUGACCAGACAAACCUCUUGAAUUGGGAUCCGUCCAAAUUCUCACACUCCUCGUCAUCACCCGUCUGCAGUCCAUGGCCUCAGGUGGCACUCAUCUCUUCACCCCAGUUGCCUCUGGACCAGGCACGUGGAUUGUCUCCGGUGGCGUACAGCUGCACGAGAGACGACGCUUCUUACGGCAGUCUCGCCGCUCUGUUGUCGCAAAUCAAGACAACCUCCGCAGUCCUCUCUCGUUCUCUGUCCCAGCACAACGCGCACUCGCUCCAUCUACGGGAGGAGAUGGACAGAUUCAUCCGAGUCCUCGAAACUUUUGUCGGGAAUGGGCUCGGCUUUGCUCCAUCUGCUCGAGAUGCAGCUGUUUGCCGGGCACCAGACCAGACUCGGAUGUCUGUGUUGGACGAAAACGGUCUGCCCUCCCUCGACACUUCCUUCAUGUCGUGGCAAGGCAGAUCCUGGAGGAAGAGCUCUUGAAGGAUUGGUUCCACGCACUCAUAGCCACGUCCUAUUCUUGUUGGUCCUAAUAUGUAUAUUAUAUGAGCACAUGUGGCAAGGAA